GCAGGUUUCUCCCGCCUUUUCCGCUCAGCAGCUGCGCCUGCCGCCCCAUGCGCCCUGACGCUCUGUCUCUGCUUCAGUUUUACAAUGUAGGAUACUGAGAAUAAAACGGAACACAUUUCUAUUUGCUAAUAAUAACAUUGAUAACAUUAUUACCCAGAGACGUCCACAAAUUCAAAUAUUAAAAUAUAUAAACACGCUUUUACAACAACUUUUUCACUUUAGUUUUUGCUGUUUUAGUGCGCUCUAGGUUAAGAUUUGUGGAUUUGCGGUCUUCAAGAGGUUUGUAACUGACAAGUAGGCUAUAAAAUGACAAUAUAACCAACUGAUGAUAGGAUAAUAGGAUACGAUUGAAGUGAAUUAUCUUAACUGCUUGCUCAAAGUCCGUAAUGCAAGUUGUUAAAAAAUGAAAAUUUCUCAACAUUCUGAAACCCACGGAUUGGCCCUGGUGUUUGUGGCUUUACCAGCAGCAGUAUUUAGUAUAUUUAGGUCUAUAGUUAUUAUAAAAUGUUGAGUCUUAACAGUGAAACAGAGAACAGUAAAAUUUCAACAUCAUGCAAUCAUAUAACUGUCUAAAAUGGAUGCAGAUGGUGAUCUAUAACGGUGUGCAUUAGAUAGGCGCAGGCUAUAAGCUUUCAACGCGUUUACAAAGGACAGGACUCUGUUAUCUGUUUUCAAAAGCCCUUACAAAAGAAGCUUAAAACAGAUUGAAGAAAUCCAUUAAUUCUUAUAAAAAGGUGUAUUGCCUUGUAUGAAAUCUCAGGAUUUGUAGAGGGAUGAAUUUAACUGCUUUACCUCAGCUGUGCACAGUCACAUUGUCACAGAAGUCAAACUGAAAAGACUGCACAGCACAGAUAAGGCACACAUACAAACCACCUCAUAAAUUGCUAGUGUACUUCAUGUGUUAAGAUAAAUGGUUGUCUUUUUAGGCUUGAAGCUCAUCACUAUGCACCAAAUACAUACCAUUUUAUCAGAUAAUUUGUUACAUCCAUCAAGAAAAAGUGACAUUAUGAAAUGUAUUUAAGAGCUAAUCCUAAAGUCCGCUACAUAAUUCUCUGGCCACACCAAAACGUUCACCUAGCCUACUAAAUCCUGGGAUAUAAUACCAAGCAAUCCCCUUUUCUCUAAAACCUUAACAAUAAGGAUCUUAGCUUCUCUCCACUUCUCAUUUUAUAUAGUGAAAUCUGAUUUCUCGUGGAGAAAGGAAUAAGGCAAGAUUAACUGAAUCUGCUGUCCUCCCUAACCUCUUCACAAAACUGCCCAGAUUAGCCAGGAAUUAAGUUUUAGACGUUUUAUGUGGCUGGUCCAUAGGGGGAUUACUUUUUUUUUUUUUGCCUCCAAAAUUCACUAUAAGGAGCUGACACUUGAAGAGGAAGAAGAAGAAUGAUAGACGCUUUGGACUGUAUAGAUGGAGAGACAAAAGUUCCCUUUUAGCAUUGAAAACAUUCUGAAUACCUGUCCCAGCACUCUUGCAGAUAGCUCUUCAUAUGGAGUUGUAGGUUCUGGAGUUAAAGAGAAAUUGCAGCCUUCUGUGAAUAGAGUGGAUCCUGGUCAUCAGACAUGUUUUUGCUGCUGCUACUGCUCCCACUGUGCAUAUUGUGGUGAAGUGUUUCAGACAGACUACAUUCAUGAAGCGUGUACCUAUGGAUGGUCCCCCACAGCAAUGCUUUCAGAUCAGUGCAGGCUGGAAGAUGGUCAGAAAGAGGAACAGUUGCAUAGCCAUGCACAGAGGAGAACCCGACGUCACCGCACAAUUUUUACAGAGGAGCAGUUGGAUGCGCUUGAGGAGCUGUUUCUCCAAAACCAAUAUCCAGAUGUCAACACCAGGGAGAAAUUAGCUGCACGUGCCCAAUUGCGAGAAGAGAGAGUAGAGGUUUGGUUUAAAAACCGAAGAGCAAAGUGGAGACGACAGAAGAGACUCACAUACAGUAUGGGGCAUUUGGAAAACUGAUAUUCAAAGGACAAUAUUACACAAAAGCAUAACUAUCCCAAUUAGCUGUUUUUUGGGUAGAUGUGGUGGCUUACAUGUUGGUAACUAAGGUAAAUAUUUGAACAAUUUCAUGUAAGCUUAAUGAGUUAUUUAUAGCAAUAUAAGAUGACUAGUCAUAUGGUCUAGUUUAGAACAUCAAUAUAAAGAUAUUAGAUGUCUGCUGACUAUUCUGGUUUGUGAAUGUAACAUUGUUCCUGUUAAAUUUAUGACAUUCCAUCUUUCUUAGUACUUUCAUAUUCUCGCUGUGAAAUUAUAUUUAGAACACAUGCAAAUUAACAGAGAGAACACUUUUUAAAGCAAUUUUCUUAAAACUGACUUGAUUGAUUUACAUGUUUUUGUAUUUGAGCUUUAUGUAAUGUCCACACACAAUCUAUGGUUCAGCCAUAAUGUAAAAAAAAAUUAAUAAUAAUAAUAAAUUGAAAAAAAAAAAAAAAAUAAUUUUUUAAUGUUUUGCUAAUAAAAAUCAUCAUUACUGUUUGUGUUAGGUAAACAGAAAAGUUGUCAAGGUGCAUGAUGUAGGCCUAAAUAUUUUGGUGGAGGGUUCAGAUGUUAUUGUUUUGCGAUGUGCCCCUGCUCAUAGCAGGAAUACAUGUUUAUGAAGAUAUUAAAGAUAUUUUUAAGCAAUAAAAACACCUGUAAUUUAAUACAUUCAAGAUACUGGCAUGGGGUGACAUACCCUCCUCCAGAAAAGCUAUACUAUAUUCCGACACAGUUCUCACCAAUACUGAGCAGUGCAUAUGAAAAGUUUUCAUGUUUUUCAAAUUAUUAUUUGAUUUGGUGGGAUAGUAUCUGUGGUAAAUAUUUAUCAUAGUUUUAUAUUGGGUGCCACCAUAAAUGAAUUUAUACAGCCUAUGGUGGCACCUUAUAUUCUUAAUGGCCUCCAUCCAAGUAUCAACCAGUCUCAGCCCUUCUCAUCUUCUAAUAUCUGACAAUAUUAGAUCAUAUUAGUCCAAUCAUAACUACUGUGCAAUUCAGCCAUGUUUUGGUCCUUUUGUAACAUCUCUACGUAGGCUAUGUCAUAUAAAUUUCUUUGUAGGCCUAUGUUAAUUCUACUUCCUAUGUCAAACCAGGAAGUAAAAUAAUAAACUUCACCCAAUUCAAUAAAAACAACCAAAAAUUACAAAUGACUAGACAAGUUUUUUUAGUAAAAUCCUAAAUAUGUUUAUGUUAAUUAUGUUUGAGUGAAAU